UCAAAGCUUAUCAGAAGUCAAUGCUAAACUCAAGCUCUCCAAAACAAGAUAAUAUAUUUUUGCACAAAUAACAUAAAAUUUACCAAAAUAUUUCUUAAGUGGUAGGCAGUGCGAUUAUACGUUGGUUAACUUUUGCAUCGACUAAUUGCUCUAGCGAUAUUACAAAAUGGAUUUAAGUGGCAAGAAUGUUGUUUAUUUGGGUGGCUUCGGUGGUAUUGGUUCCAAAUGUAUUGAAGAAUUUCUACAGAAAGGCAUAAAGAAUUUGGCGAUUUUUGAUUUGCACGAAAAUGCAGCUGUGCUGGAGAAUUUGAGGAGCACCUAUACGGCAUCUAAUGUUUUUUAUAUAAAAAUGGAUAUUACCGAUAAAAAUAGCAUUGAAGCAGCAUACAAUGAAGCUGCAAAUAAAAUAGAUCACUUUGAUGUGAUAGUGAAUGGGUGUGGCAUUAUGAAUGAUAGUCUUAUCGAACUGACUAUACAAAUUAAUUUAUUGGGGCUAAUACACAGUACAUUAACUGCUAUGAAAUAUAUGAGUAAAUUAAAUAAUGGCAAAGGUGGACUUAUUGUUAAU